AUGAAAGUUUUUUCCUAUCGGGGAUGUUAUUCGUGGUCACGGGGAGAAUGGAAGCCAAUUGGAGUUAUAGAUAGUCAUUCGUACGAACAAGGUUUGUCAUUAAAUGGCGGCGGUGAUUUACAUUUGGGACAUUCGGAUAUUUUACAAUCCGUUGGUAGUUAUCCAGUUGGUAAUAAAAUAAUUCCUCAUUGGCACGAUACAAAUUUUCAAUCUCAUUCCCAUUCGGAAUCUUCUCUACCACAUAAUCAUAAACCGUUUUCCGGUGGUUUCGGUGAUAAUAAUUACGGUGCUUCCGAAAUAGGAUCAGGAGCUAAUGCACACGGAAAUGGAGCUCAUUAUGGAUCUGGAAAUGGUGGAUCUGGAGGAAGUGUUCAUUUCGGAUCUGGAAGUGGUGGAUCCGUAGGUGGAGGUCAUUUCGGAUCUGGAAGUGGUGGAUCCGUAGGCGGAGGUCAUUUCGGAUCUGGAAGUGGUGGAUCCGUAGGCGGAGGUCAUUUUGGAUCUGGAAGUGGUGGAUCCGUAGGCGGAGGUCAUUUCGGAUCUGGAAGUGGUGGAUCCGUAGGCGGAGGUCAUUUCGGAUCUGGAAGUGGUGGAUCCGGAGGAGGUGUUCAUUUCGGAGCUGGAAGUGGUGGAUCCGUAGGUGAAGGUCAUUUUGGAUCCGGACAUGGUAAACCUGGAGGAGGAGGCGGAGGGCAUUUUGGACCCGGCCAUAGUAAACCUGGAGGAGGAGGAGGUGGACAUUUCGGACCGGGAAAUAGCGGACCCGUUGGUGGAGCUCAUUUCGGAUCGGGAAAUAAUGGAUUGGGAGGACACGGAGUUCAUUUUGCAUCGGGAAGUAAUGGACAAGCAGGAGGAUCACAUUUUGAAUCAGGAAAUGCUUUGAGCACUCAUCACGGAAGUUCCUUGUCGAACGCUGAAUAUCAAAAAAUUAAAUCUAGCAACAUGUUGUCACCACCACCGUUACCACCAGUCGUAGUUGGGAAAAAACCCGGUUUUAGAAAAGUGCCAAAAUUUAAACAAAAAUAUAAUAAUUACAAGAAAAAAAGACCCACCGGACAUAGAAACCCACAUCCGGGUUUUGGAAAUGUAAAUUUUAAAGGUCACGGAGGAGUUAAUUCAGGAGGUUUAUCUAAUUUUCAAAAUACAAAUACCAACGGACACUUUGGUAAGGGAUCACCACCUGGGUUUUCAAGAUUUCCAAAACCCGGUUACAAAGGUACCGGUGGAAAACAUAUUGCUUUUCCGGGUAACGUAAAUCACGGAGGUUUAAAAACAGGAGCAUCGAGUUUUAGCGCCAGCGGAGGAAAUGCAUUUUAUAAUUAUCGAAUUAAAAAUAUCGCAUUAAAAGAACCUUUGUUGUACGAUCAAAUAAAAGGAGGACAUUUGGGACUAUCAAAUUACGCUGGAGGGUACGCUGGUGCUUAUGGUGCUCCUUACGUCGGAAGUUUUAACGAAUUUUCAUCCAGUUCUCUUAAUUAUGGAAAAAUUCCCAAUCAAUCGCCUUUGAGUUCGGGAAGCAGUUUAUACUCAAAUCAUUUGAGCUAUGGCGAGGGUAGUAAAAAACCAUCUGAACACCUAACCGUUAAUAUAGGAGGUGGUUCGAGUCAUUCCGGAGUAUCAAGCGAUGUAACAUCCUCUGAAUAUUUAAGUGCUGCUGGUGGAGGAAAUUCCAUUAAAAUUUCAGGUUCUUCUGGAGGACUCGGUCAUGAAGGAGGAGGAGGAGGGCAUUCAAAUCAUGCUAAUGGCGACGGAGUUCAUAACGUACAUUUAGGCUUAAAUAAUGGUAAUAAUGCAUACAAUGUUGAUUUAAGUCAUGGAGAGGAAAGUGGAGUAUCAACUGAGCAUGGAGGAUUUAACGGAGGAAAUGAUGCGCAUUUAAGUUUUGGAAGCGAGGAAACGAAAGAUUCAUAUGAAAACAUCAAUUCUGGUUCGUCGGGACAAAGUCAUGGAGGAAAUGAAAUUUCUUCAGGUCUCGAACACUUAAACGAAAUACAAGGAAUCGUAAAAGCCAUAGUAGAAAACGACGUGGUACCGGGACAAUCGGGACAACCAAACCAUAAUCCUUACUCUUCAGGCGAACCGAAUCUGGCCAACGGAAAUGGGGAAUAUUUUGGAUUUUUAAACCUUCAUGGUGGCAAUCACAAUGGCGAUGCAAGUGGAAUAUUAACAGGACAACAACAAGUUAAUUUAGGAGUAACACCAGUGCCGCUAGGACAUAUAAAUUUUGGUAUCGAUAAUGCAGCUUCUUCUACUCUCUUACCUCCGAACGUUGGUGGAACUUAUGGUGGAUACGUUUUACCCGCCGCUCCUCCCCAUUACGCCGGUGCUUCUUCUUCUCAUUUAGCACAAGAAAAUGACAAUAAAGAAGCCAAAGGUUUAGUUCAUAUAAACGGUGGGUUGAGAGGAGAUACUACCCCAUCAAGUUCUGAUCCUUCUGAAAACUUAUCUCUACUGGGUCCAAAUUCUCCAGUUAAUUUCGUCGUAUCCGACGGCCAUAAUACUAUCAUUGAUCAUCAUUUAGGAUCAGUAAGCUCGGUACAAUACCACGGCGGUGUUGAAAAUUUAGCAGGUUCUUCCAAUUACGAAACGGAUAGCGUCAGCGGUGGUAGUAAUAACAACAACGUAGCGCAUCUACAAUCUAAUGAUUUAACCAAUCACGGAUUAGUAGCUUCAUCUACUGUGCAAACUUACCAUGAUCAAUCGGCCAUUGGAGGAUCUUUGCCUUAUCAAAGCAGCAAUUUAGUUAUCGGAACUCCUGUUUUGUUAAAUGGUCAUUACGGCGAAGCAUUGGGUUUAGGCUUACAGGCACCACCCAGUUCUGUCGGACCAAAUUUCGGCGUAAGGGAUCCAAACGUUAUUACUUUAACUUCCACCGGUUUUCCCAGCGUUACUACCGAAUCAAGCGUUGAAAAUCUUUUAUCGGGAUCUCCGAUUUCGGGAAUCACCCAUCAAGCAAUACAAGAAGGCGUUUCGGGAGGAGGUCAAUUCUCCGGUGGUAAUUAUGUGGGCGGUCACACAGUACACGGAACGAGGGGUGGAGGAAAACACAUAUCCGAUAAUUCAGCAUUAUCAUCGUCACAAUUACAUCACGUGGGAAGCUCAUCGGAUUCGAACAUAGAUUUAUCACAGGACUCUAGUCAAGAUCAUUCGGGAUUCGUGCUUCACGCAUACGGAGUUUUAGACGAUUCGUCUACGUUUACAUGUGGAAAAAAUCAUUAUCACAAUACAAAAUAUCACACGGCGACAUUUCAAGUAGCCGACAACGAUCAUCCUUCAUCAAUCGAUGUAAUAAAAUACAACGGAGAUUCAGCCGUUUUGGUAAGAUCUCAAAAUCCCGGUUUUCACAAUGAUAUACUACCGCAAAGGAAAAGUUUCGACGAUGCCGACGACGAAAAGAAAACCGACGACGACAUAAUAACAUUCGAAAAAGAAGAAAAAUCUGAAAAAGGAAUCCAAGAGAAAACUGGUCGUUCGUCGGCAUACCACUCGGAAACAAUAAAAAACGGUGAAAGUAGUAAUGCGGUCUUAGAAUCGUUAAAUCAAUAUAACCAUCGUAAUACAAAACCUCAAACUUUUACUAACGGUCAGUCACGUGACAACCAUUUUUACAAACAACAACAACAACAAUCCGACGAUAUAAAAAAUGAAGAUGAUGAUAAUAAAGAAUUUAAACAAAACGGAUACGAAGUUAACGAAGAUACAUACGAAACAUAUUCAACGCCAGGAAGUAAACCGGAUACGGUUAAAAAUUUACUACAUCCGCAAUUUUCUAAAAAAUCAUUUGAUGAUUUUAUUGAAAUAAAAUCUUCUCCAAGAACGGCCACCGCCACCGUCGAUACGAUACCGAUCGAAUUUAACGAAUCAAAAUUUUCAGAAAAUGGCGACGGAUCAUCGAACGAUAAUACCGGAAGAAGAUAUUUUAGAAAUCAUCAGAAAUCAUCACAAGAACCGAUUUUACGCGGGAGAUCUGAAAAUUCACCGCCUUCUUCUAUCGUACGACUCGUACGAAGUUAA